AUGGUCCACCUCACUUCCGCCCUUUUGCUCACCAGCGCGGCCUUCGCCGUCGCCGCCCCAGCCUCCCAGCUCUUUGAGCGCCAGUGCUCUGUCGCCGGCAGCUACCCCACCGCCGCUGUAUCCAAGCUUCCCGACCCCUUCACCACCGCGGGCGGGCAGAAGAUCACCACCAAGGCCGAGUUUGACUGCCGCAAGGCCGAGAUCUCCAAGAUCCUCCAACAAUACGAGCUAGGCACCUACCCUGGCAAGCCCGACAAGGUCGAAGGUUCACUCUCGGGCAACACUCUAACGGUGCGUAUCACCGUCGGUAGCCAGACGGUAUCCUUCUCCGCUUCGAUCAAGAAACCUUCCGGAAGCGGCCCCUUCCCCGCCAUCAUCGGCAUCGGCGGCUCUUCCAUUCCAAUCCCCAGCAACGUGGCCUCCAUUACCUUCCCCAACGAUGACUUCGCGCAACAAUCCGGCGGCUCCUCACGCGGCAAGGGCAAGUUCUACACCUUGUUCGGCAGCUCGCACUCCGCGGGCGCUUUGACAGCCUGGGCAUGGGGCGUAGACCGCCUAGUCGACGCGCUCGAACAAGUCCAGUCCUCCUCGGGCAUUGACCCCAAGCGCCUGGGCGUGACAGGGUGCAGCCGCAACGGCAAGGGCGCAUUUUUGGCGGGAGCACUAGUGGAUCGCAUCGCCCUGACCAUUCCUCAGGAAUCCGGCUCAGGAGGCGCCGCCUGCUGGCGCAUCAGCGACUCCGAGAAAUCCUCAGGCAAAAACAUCCAGACCGCCAACCAAAUCGUCGGCGAAAACGUCUGGUUCUCGCCCAACUUCAACACCUACACCCGGCAGGUGACCAACAUCCCGGCCGACCACCACAUGCUUGCAGCGCUGACGGUGCCACGCGGGUUGAUCGCGUUCGAGAACGACAUCGACUGGCUGGGCCCUGUGGCUACGACGGGGUGCAUGCAAGCGGGCAGGCUGAUCUACAAGGCGUAUGGGGUGCCGAAUAAUAUGGGCUUUUCGCUGGUUGGAGGACAUUCCCAUUGCCAGUUCCCGAGUAAUCAGCAGAGCGAAUUGACGAGCUAUAUCAAUUAUUUCUUGCUUAAUAGCGGGACGGCGCCCGGGGCGGUGGAGAGGAGCACGGCCAAGGUAGACUUGAAGAGUUGGGCGCCUUGGGAUGUUCCUACUUUGUCGUAG